AUGUCUGCACCACCACCAAUCCCGCCGCUGCCCACCACCACCGCGCCGCCACCAAUCCCCUCCACGGCGCCGCUGGCCCUCCCCACCGCGCCGCUGGGCUCCAACGCCGGCGCCUCUACCGGCCAGUCGCCGCCCCCCUCCAUGGGUCCGCCGCCACCACCCUCCACCGCGCCGCUGGUCUACUCCCCGGCGGAGAUGACCGGCGCCCUCAACGAUCUCAUCACCGCCGUCCAGGGGAUACGGCUAUACCUAGCCGGCUCCUACGGGCCGCCGCCGGCCAUCGCGACCGGGCCAGCCGCCCUGCCGUGGUAUUCGGCACCCGCGGCGCCGACCGGGCCUCGACACCACCACUGGCCGCUUCAGCCGCCGCCCGCCGCCGCGCCCCAAUGGCCACAGUGGCUGGCGCCGGCCCUCGCCGUGUCACCCACGCCACCCGGGUCCUCGCCGCCACCGCCCUGGUAG